GCUUGAGUCCACCGUCUUUGAUGAGAUAAGCAGGCAGAAAUGAUUAUAUUUUUUGGAACAACCUUAAAACGUGUAAAUGAAUCCGUUAGAAGAGCACGUGAGAGGAUCACUAAUUUUAGUCUCAAGGUGGGUGUUUCACUUGUUUUUUCGACAUGUUGGAAUCUGUGGUAAGUAUUUUCCAUAUGAUUAGGACAUCCCACAUUGCUGUGUGCCAUUGAUUAGGUUCGUUCUGAUUCAUUCAAAUUCUGUGCAAUAAAUUUGUGUUGGCAUUCUUGAUGAAAGUAGAAAGUCCGGUUAGAAUGGUUAAUGGCUAAUGUACUGAACUUUUGAACAUGUUCAUGUGCUGUUGUUUCUUCAGGCUAAUCAUCUCUCGCUGUCACUAUGACAACAAUGUGCAUGGAACUUGUCUCCCCGCUUUUUCGUGUAUAUUACAUUGCUGUUUCGGUUUGACUAUAUAUGAUGUACUUGGGCACUCUUUUUCCACAAUGUACCACAAUCUUCCAGAAUUUGUCUCCCUGCAUUUUCAUGUAUAAUACGGAGCUGUUUUAGUUUGACUAUGAACUACACUAACCACUAUCUUUCUAUAAUGGCCUUUUUCUUUUCUAUGACUAAGAAUUCUGUCAUUUUGGAUUCAUAAAAAACAUAUAGCUUCUUUCAGGAAGGCUUGCUGCGAUGGACUUAUCCUCUACUACUCUCGGGAUGGGGAGAAAGAGUUUGGCACAGAGGAUUCGGCAUGUGCUGUGGCCACUUGAUGAAAUAGAUCCUAAGAAUUCGAAGUUCCCUUGUUGCUUGGUUUGGUGUCCUCUCCCGGUGGUGUCUUGGCUGACGCCUUUCUUUGGGCAUGUCGGCAUUUGUAGGGAAGAUGGUGUGGUCUUAGAUUUUUCGGGUUCCUACCUCAUCAAUGUCGAUGAUUUUGCAUUUGGAGCUGUAGCCAGAUACUAUCAGCUUGAUAGAACAAAGUGCUGCUUUCCCCCACACCUCGCGGGGCACACCUGCAACUGCAGAUACCAGCACGCAGACUAUGGACCAGCAAUCACUUGGGACGACGCCCUCUACUCGAGCCAAUGCCACUUCGAGCACCACACAUAUAACAUCUUCACCUGCAGCUGCUACUCUUUCGUGGCUAAUUGCCUGAACCGGCUGUGCUAUGGCGGGUCAAUGGAGUGGAACAUGGUUAGCGUGGCGGCUCUGGUGCUGAUCAAAGGCCACUGGGUCGAUGGCUUCUCGGUUCUAAGAUCAUUUCUCCCCUGCAUCACAGUGCUCUGCUUGGGACUAGCCAUGACUGGAUGGCAUUUCUUGAUUGCCUUGUUGUCCUUCUCUUUCCUUGUUUUUGGAUGGUUUUUGUUUGGUACAUACUGUGCCAAGAAUCUGCUCAAGUGGUAGAAAUGUAGACUCUUGUGCAAUAGCUUAACACUUCAUGUUUGGGUAAACAAAAUUCAUGGA